AUGAAGCUUUCCAGAAGCAUUGCCAGAUGCAGGUUUCAAAUAGCACAUGUCAAUCACGUUAUAAUACGCAAUGCCUCAUCAUCAAGCAAGCCGAAACCCAGUAGCGAUGACCCGGUUGAUUCAUCGUCCUCGUCUAAACCGACAUCGGACAAGGAAAUCCCAACAUCAGAUCGAUCAACAGAGAAACCCACAAAUCCAGAUCCAGUCGACGUGUUAAGCUUGGAUCUAGUUGCAAAACAUGGUGUAGAUGGCCUGAACUCGCUGAAACCUGAGGAGAUUGUAAAGGAGGUCUCGAAACUUGGAGCUGAUUUGAAACCUGGAGCUGACGACACGAUGGUGUUUUCGAAUCCUAGCAUCACGAGACGAACUGCACGUGUGAAGAGUGGAUCGUUUAGUGAACGUGUCGUGCCAGUACCAUUAUCGGUUGUAGUGAGCAAUGAGGUGCCAAUAAUGCGUUCUUUGCUUUCGAGGAUCCAGCAUCCAAAGGCACCGGAUGGAGUUAAUAUGUCUCUGCUUAAAAAUAACAAUGUGCAUAAUAUCAAGAAAGUGCCAUCACUACAAUCCUUUCCGCAUCCAUUGCAUGCUUCAACUCUCUCAGAGCUGAGGGCUAUAAUUAGAACUCUAGUAGAACCACCGUUUGCGUUAGCAAGAGGUAAAGACGCACCAUCAAGAGAGAAAAUUCCUAGUCAGUCUAGUGGAAUUGUAGUGCUCUCGAGCCCUUUCAGGGGAUCAGAAAAGUAUCUUCAAGCUAUAAUAGAAUCGCUAGCUGCCGAACUUCAUGCUUCAUAUCUAUCUAUAACCACAAUGGAUCUCUUUGAACGUAUGUCUGGCUAUGAGGUGCUCGCCAACCCUCCAAUAAAACAGCCCAGUAGUGACUCUGGUGGCUGGCCAAGGGCUGCAGAGGGAGGACGGAGACGAGGUCCCAAAUUUGGGCUUGGAAAUAUUGGAGUGGUCAGUAUAGGUUUGAAUGGUAGUGGUGGAAUGGUGAUGAACAACGGCCAAGAAAACGAUAAUGCAGAUCAGAAGGAGACGGAUUCUCCGUUUCUUCCAUACCCGUAUUAUAAACCGUACACGAUUCAUGGAAAGCCCAUGUCUUUGAUAACAUCUCGAGUAUCAUCAACAACAGUAGAUAAACCGGAACAGAUUACAUUAAUUCAGGCAGCGUUUGACAUAUUUUUCGCUGGUCUUGUAGACAAAUUGGUGCCCACAACUCGCCCGCUUAUAAUUUAUUACGAAGACCUCAUGCAGCUGUUAAAAUCCCCAUCACUGAAUCUCCAAGAUACUCUCUCUGCCAUUCAACAAGCUAUAGGUAAAGCCCGAAGCUCUCGUCUCCCUGUAGUAUUGAUUGCCCCGUCCACGCCCACUUUUAAUAAACGAGGUGGCAAAUCGCAAGCAGGUGGUUCCAUAGAGUCUGCAUUGAUGGCCUCUUUAAGUGGACGACAUGAUGAUGAUACUCACGUAGAUCCUGCUGACGAGGACUCGUCGUCGGGCGGAUCAGAGAAUCCAUUAGAGGGGAUGAUGGGAGGCUCGAAGAAGCCUCAAAGAGCUGUAAAGUUUGAUACACCGCUUGAUGAGUGGAUUGGAGUAUCCACUGUAAAUGUUUACCCGCCUUUAGACAAGACGGGAAUGAAAACAUUUUUGGAUAAGAUGAAGGCAGACUGUAAAGUUAUAUAUAGAGACUAUAACGCCAAGGAGAUUGAUAUCGUAGCUCACGCAGCAGAUGUGGAUUUUGGGAACGCAACAACCGCUGACUCGUUUCUUCGAAGUAAUCCCAGCAUAGCUGGUAUUUUGGAAGAACGACCACUGUCUAUACCCGAAAUUGAGAAAAUAGUAUUUAUGGCUUCCAGUCACCAAGAGACUCCCAGCACCAAGGCAUUAGAAACCUCAAUUAGCAUAUUCAAUCAUUCUCAGACCGCCCUGGCAACCCUCGCAGGUGGUGUAGAAUUCAGUGGGUUGUUUGCCAAUCCGAGAGAUCGGUUGCGGCUUAAUCAACAUGAAGAGAAACUGCUCGCAGCUUGCUAUCUCCCACCGUCUGCCUCUGGAACAUCAUUCUCGAACAUCGGUGGCCUCGCCAAGACUAAGCAGACUAUAGAUGAGCUGAUACGGUUGCCGUUGAGAAGGCCGGAUCUUUUUAAAACUGGUAUCUUAAAGUCAUCCACUUCUGGUGUCUUGCUGUUUGGACCGCCAGGAACGGGAAAGACCCUGUUGGCAAAAGCUGUUGCUCAUGAAUCUGGGGCAAAUUUUUUGAGUGUUUCGAUGUCUAGUUUAAGCUCGAUGUGGGUGGGCGAGAAUGAGAAGAAUGUGAAGAGUCUCUUCAGUCUUGCUAGAAAAAUGCGUCCUUCGGUGAUUUUCGUCGAUGAAAUUGAUGCCUUGUUAAGAGCUAGAGCUAGAAAUCAGCCGAGUUAUGUGACCUCUACAAUCAACGAGUUUAUGCUUGAAUGGGAUGGUCUGAACUCUGAGAACAAUGGAGUUAUAGUUGUUGGAGCGACAAAUCGACCAAUGGACCUUGAUGAAGCUGUUUUAAGACGUCUUCCUCGUCGAAUUUUGGUCAACCUGCCGGAUGUCAAUGAGCGAGUUGAAAUCUUGAAUGUCCUCCUUCGUGAUGAAGUAGUCGAAGAUUCGUCAAAGUCUCGGGGCGAAAUCAUCAAAGAGGUGGCCGACAGGACUAAAGAUUUUAGUGGUUCUGAUUUGAAGAAUUUGUGUAUCGCAGCUGCAUUAAAUGCCCUACGAGAACAAAUUCUUCCACAUACUGCUGAUACGGACUUGUCACGAGUACUGCAUCUACAUCACUUUGUAAAACCACUAGAAGGUGGCGAGAUUGUCGCUUCCAUAUCAGACAAGGCCGAACUAUCAAAAUCUCUAGAAGAAUGGAACAAGGUGUAUGGAACUGCUACGGGUUACUUGAGAGGACCAGGAGGAUGGGGAUAUAGAUAG